UUAUUAUCCCCCCGCAGACCUUUUGUCAAGCUCUCCCACUCCACCAAGCGAACCCAAACCCCACAUUUCAGAAAAAAAACUCACCAAACUAGCCAUGAACGGCCUCGGCGACUCCCCACCCCUGUGGCCACAACCGCCCAUCUCCGCCUUACGCCGCCGUCGACCGCCCUCUCCGCUCCUCUCUCCCCCGGUCCUCAUCGUCCUCUUCCCCAUACUCGCCCUCCUUCUUUUGUUCUUCGCCAUCCCCUCGUUCGUCUCCUUCUCCUCCCAUGUCCUCCGGCCCGUUACCGUCAAGAAGGGCUGGGACUCGCUCAACGUGUUCCUCGUCCUCUUCGCCAUUCUCUGCGGGAUCUUCGCGCGCAGAAGCGAAGACGAGGCGCCGGUCGCUGGGGAAGGAGAGAAGACCGCUGCGAGGCUGGCGAGUGCCGAUAAAGUUGGCGAGACGACGUUGCGGCGGUGGUUCGAGCCCGGCGAAGAUAAGGUGUACGGGUACGACGAACCGGCGAUGAGGUCGCCUGGAAGUGGGAUUGGCCGGCUGCGGAGGAGCAGCAGCUCGUACCCGGAUCUGAAGCAGGAUUCGCCGUGGGAAACCGGCGACGACGACCGGUUCCGGUUCUUCGACGAUUUUGAGGUCAGCAAGUACAGUUCGAGCUCGACGCAGUUUGAUCGAGCCGCUCCUCUUCGGAGAUGGCGAAGCGCCAUCGAUGACGAUGAUAUCAAAGUGAUUCCGGUGGACACGUUCGUUCUCCGCACACCUCCGUCUCCGGCGUCUCCUCCGCCUCAACCAGCUGCCAAAUCUCCAGCUCCACCGCCGCCACCGCCACCGCCUCGGCCUCCUCAGCCGGAGAGGCACACAUGCGAGGCCGUCGCUCGCAGAAGCACGGGAGGUAGGGCGAGCGAUGGAGCUGAAUCUGCUAAAAUCGGAAAGGCACCGCCACCGCCUCCGCCGCCUCCCCCGCGGCCACCGCCCACACCGCCGACGGAGUACCGGUACGCGAAGAUCGAGCGGAGGAAGAGCACCGCGGCUAAGGAGAUAAAGAUGGUUUUGGCUUCGGUGCUGUCCAACCAGAGAAAGAGAAAGAAGAAGCAGAGGACCAGAACGCUAAACAACGACGCCGCUCACCAACUGGCGCCCGAGAAGACCUCCCAUUCCGCCGCGCAACAGCCUCCACCUCCGCCACCUCCGCCGCCUCCUCCGCCAUCGUCCGUCUUCCACAGCCUGUUCAGAAAGAGCAGCAAAAGCAAGAGAAUCCACUCCGCACCGCCCCCGCCUCCACCGGAGCCUCGGCGGAGGAGAACCCUCGCAUCGGCCCCAAAGCCCCCACUGCCGGCGAAGCCAGCCGUUCGUCAGCCCAGCAGCGGCGCGCGGUCGCCGCCGAUACCCUCGCCACCGCCACCCCCGCCGCCGUUCCGGGUGCCGGAGUUCAAGUUCGUGGCCAGCGGGGACUUCGUCCGGAUACGCAGCCCGCCGGAGCUGGAGGACGCGGACGUUGCAUCGUCGCCUAGCCACGAGGCGACGACAACGGACGGCCGAGAUCGCAGCGGCGGUGGGGCAUCAGGUGGGCCCGGGAUGUUCUGUCCGAGCCCAGACGUGAACGUCAAGGCCGACUCCUUCAUAGCGAGGCUCAGGGAUGGUUGGAGGCUUGAGAAGAUCAAUUCGAUCCGAGAGAAGCAAAGUGUCGGCGGGCCCACCCCACCACCCACUUGAAACGCAAGUGAAGCAAAUCUCACUUUCCCUCCAUUUUUUUUCGGGCUUUUUUAACUAGAAAAAGAAUUCGAUGAUGGGAUUUGCUUUCGCUACCAUAACCCACCCCACACACAGGAACAAAAAAAUUCGAAUUGGACUGAAUAUGUAGAGUGUGUAUGAGAAAGUUACAUGAACAUAAUGAUAGUAACAGGUCAAUUUAGCCGCGAGAUUUCGAUUUCGAGGGUGGCUGUGAUUUUGGUGAGGAAGGAGAUGUUGUUCAUUAGGUAGGCUCUCCAAUCGUGGGGUUUGUUUUUUGGGUUCCCCUCUCUUGGAGCCACCUAAAGUCGCGUCUUUUAAGGUUUUCUUUUUAGUGGUUUUGGUAUGGUCAUUCGGUGUUGGCGUGUCUGGUCACAGUCAAACACACGAGAGUUGCUUUGAUUUAGGUGGUUUGAACUGGGGGGGCGCUCUGGUCGGAUCUUUUAUCGCCUCCUUCGAGAGCCGCCUCUUUCGUUUGUAAGAAGAUCGGUGUUACCGAGUUGGGUUUGUGACGAAGCCGACAGCAUCUCUUAAUGCAAUCUAUUUGCCAUUUCGCUC